UAUGGCAACUGGGCUGGCUGGCUGUAUUCGCUUAGGUAUUGCUCUCCUGUGGUCGCCAUCGGGUUAACUGCGCAGCGGAAAACAGGUGCGGGAACAAGGAUAGCCAGUGGUUAAUUAUAGGGAUUAUUGAUUGGCAACAUGGCCUGCCACACAUCGUUCCUGAAAGCCGUUCUUAUCAUUCUCAAUGUGCUGCUUUCGCUGAUUGGCGUGACUCUGAUUGCCCUGUCCGUCUACGAGCUGAACAGCUCCACGCCGGGCACCUUCGAGCACAUCGCCAUCGUUGUCCAGAUCUUCGUGGGCACCUUCGUGGUCCUGACCUCGUUCCUCGGCUGCUUUGCCGCGGCUAAAAUCUCCCUCGGACUCGUCUGGAGCUAUGUGAUCUGCCUGCUGAUCCUGCUGUGCCUGCAGAUCUACAUCAUUGCGGCCGCCCAUUCCACGGACUACGUGGAGCGAUCCAAGAGGGACUUCCUCGCCAUCUGGGCUGAUCCGAAGGCCAAUGAGGAACGCAUAUCGCUCAUUGAGCAAAAGUACUCGUGCUGUGGCCAGUUGGGCGGCCACGACUACAUUCUGAUGGGCCGGGGAAUACCCACUAACUGCUACAAGGGGUUCAGGCGGCACGAGGACUACCUCUUCCCCGAGGGCUGUCUGCAGGCGGUUCAGGCCCACGCCACCGACAACGUGGCCAUCGGACUCAUCAUCAAGUGGCUGCUGCUGCUGGUGGAGUUCGCCGCCCUGGGAGCCGCCACGCACUUGGGCAUCACGGUGCGCAAUAAAUUGCGGCGCGAGAGAUUCUAACAGGUCUCCUCCGAGUUACCGAAAUCGGUUGUUGGCAACACAUAAACCAAUAUGUACGGAUUUUAUAUCAGCUUAAGAUGAUCUGGAGGCAACAAAAAUGUAGAAUAAAAAAUAAACCAAAAUCAAAAUAUUCAA